GCUGCUCUCCACCACCCCACCCCCAACUACAGUUGUCCACCUAAUCUUGCCACCCACACGAACGCGCGCAGCCGCAAGCGCAAACCCUACCGCGGCGCUGAAAGCCAUGGACACGCCGCGGGCGCGGUCACCACGUCCACCAGCCCCACUGUCUAAGCCGACCUCGCCUCUCCCUCCCCCACCGCCGACCCUCUCCGCCACCGCCUCCCCUUCCCACGAGUUCUCCUUCGCCUUCCCCUCCUCCUCCUCCUCUCCCUUCGGCGGACACCUCCCCCCCAUCUCCAUGUCCCGCACCCCCGUCGGCCGCGUCGGCAGCGACCUCAGUCACCACAACCACGCCAGAACAAGCCACCAUCAGACCACGAGACACGUCACCGGCAGCAAGGAAAGGGACAGGGACAGGGCCAAGAACAGGGCCUCGCCUUUCUUCUCCGGCCUCGGCGGCGCGUGGAGGAAGGAGAGCGGCAGCCAUGACGCGACCGGCAGGCAGGCUGAGGAGAAGAGGAAGGAUACGGCGAAGAGAGCGCUGGACGUGGGCCAGUGGGUGAAGAGGUACAUGGCGGCCAUGGUGGAGCAGCUGCGCUUCUCCUUCUCCCGGCAGGCGGAGAAGGAGAGGCGGGAGCAGCGGCGCAAGCCGCACUCGUUCACGGGCCAUGGUCCGAACGCUCCGAGGGAGAUGAGGGAGCGGGAGUGGUGGAGGCGGCGGCGGGGGCAGCUAUCGUCGGCGCCGGCGUCGCUGCGGGUGUCGCCGGCGAACAGCGGGCACCUGUCGGUGGGCGGGUCGGUGAAGGUGUCAACGUCGUCGGAUGAGAGCACUAUGGAGGAGCUGCAGAGCGCCAUCGAGGCCGCCAUCGCGCACUGCAAGAACUCCCCCCAUUUCCGUGGCCAAGCAGACGACGGCCGGCGGGGAGACUCCAGGAGGCUUCAGUAAAGCGUAGUCGGUAGGGGCGUUGCCGCGCGCGCGUGCGACGUACGUGCUGCACGUGUGGCAACUGGCGUGAGCGUCGCGCGCGUACGUGCGUUGCACGGUUGCAAUAGCUUAUGAGCCUUGUAAAUCUGGAGUUAAUUUGGGGGUUCACGCACGUGCAUUUAAAAAAAUGUAAGAACAGAUGAAAAUUGACUGGUUUUCACGAA